GGGCUUCUCUCCCCGCCGCCGAGGGUGGGAGGCGCGUGCGCGCGGGCCGUUUGAACGAGCGGCCAUGGAGUCUUCGGAGCAGGAGCGGGAUCCGGCCGCCGCCGAGAGGCUGGCGGCGGAGCUGGACAUCACGAGGCUGCUCUGGCUGAGGGAGAAGCUGAAGCAGCAGCUGAUGGAGUGUGGCACCGCGGAGCGCGUCCUGACGUUCUUUGCAGAUCAACAGUGUUACUCUGAUCAUGACAAAGAGAGCACAAGCAAGGAAGAACACUUGCAAAUUGAUGUGGAGGAUGCAAAAAUCUCUUACAGGAACAAGUCAUUAGCCUUGCAAAGGAGCCAACUUGCGGAUGCCCUGAGAAACAGAAUGAAGCAAAAUGAUGAUCACUCACGACUGAUCCUGGAAACUGUGAAACAUAUAGUAACACUCAGCAAUGCAAUAAUUGAAUGUCAGCAGGAAGUACGUGAGAAGGAACAGAAACUGAAUGACAUUAAAAGGAAAAGGCUCUCACUAAAAAAUGCUGAACAACAGAAACUACUGGAAAUUAAUACCAUGGUAAAACAACAGAAGGAGGAACAAGCAAAUAUGGAAGUGAGCAAAACGCUGGAGAAGAUACAUGGUAACUUACAAAAGGAAAGAGAGAUAACUACAAUAAUUCAACAUGUAUUCCAGCAUAUCAUAAUUGGAAGCAGAAUUAACUGGGCAGAAGAUCCUUCUUUAAAGGCAGUUGUUCUACAGCUUGAACAAGAUGUCUGUGUUCUGUGAGUCAGGAGAAAUGGUGUUCAACCAAUUUAACCUUCCUGGAAGUUGUUCUCUCUAAAGUGAAAAUUUAAUUCCUAGUACAUAACAAAUGUUUGAACAGGUAGCGUAGCUAGUGAAACUACCUGAAGAGCCACAUCAUAGCUGUCUUGUCCCAACUGUUCAUCUUCUGAAAGGCAACACAAAAAAAAGAAUAAUCCAUAUAUUUUAAGCUUUUAUGUAAAAGUGGAUUUAAACCAAGACUCUGCCAUUUCAGUCCACUUCCCCUGUGCAGCAGGAGGCUGGAGAGCUCAGACAGGAUGCAGCAGCCUCUAUAGAGAGCCAAAACUGGAAAAUUUAGAAGUCAAUCUUGAGUUUGGCUUAUAUUUCUUUUUAAUUAAAGCAUUAUGUACAAUGUUAAAGUUUCUAGUUGUAACAGCCUCUUGUGAGUGUGCUAUACGCAGAUUAGUUAAGCAGAGCAUCCAGCAGCAGAUGCAAAGUGUAGAUACUGCCCCAGGCCAUGCGACAUGACAAACUGGAGGAAAAUACAUGUACAAUGGAAGAGGGGGCUACGUACUAAGCAUCCUAACAUUAUACAGCAAAGUAGUGGGUUUUUUUAAUUUUCAACAAUUGCGUUUCUGCUUUAUGCUUUAAAGUUGCUGAAAUCCGAGUGUGUAACAUUUUGAAGCACUGUAAGCUUUAGUUUGUGACGUGUUUUGAUCUAUCACUAAUAAAGCGCAGGGUUAUUUGAAGCGUA